AUGGCAUCUGUUGUGGUUGAUCUUGUUCUUGAAAAGCUUGGCGGGAUGUUGAUAGAAGAGAUAAGCAAGGGGGUUUCACUUUUCUGUAACUUAAGAAGUGACUUUCAAUGGCUGAGCAAGAAGCUCACAAAAUUAAGAGACUAUCUCAGAGAUGCAGAUGCUCAGAGUGCACACAAAGCGUCUGUGAAUAAAUGGCUGCUGGAAGUUGAAGAUAUUGCUAGGGAUGCAGAGGACAUACUGGACGAAUGUGCUGUUCAAUCAAAAGGUACUAAUAAUGAAAGCCCCCAAUCCUCUUGUGUCUGUGCUUUCAGCUAUUCUCAAUUAGUGUUUCGCUAUAAGAUGGCGCGUCGGAUUAAGGACGUGAAAGACAGAAUGAGGUCCAUCAUGGAAGAUGCAGCGGAGCUCAAGCUUGUUGGGGAUGUCACUCAUGCAGACCAACCUUCCACGAGUACACCGCAGAAUUUUAAGUGGAGGGGGUCAAGUGUAAUAGAGACUGCUUCACGACCAGUGGCUAUUGAGUCAAAGGUUCAAGAUGUCGUCCGCCUACUCGAUGACCCUGCCGCUCCUGUCAUCGCCGUUGUUGGUAUGGGCGGCGUCGGGAAGACUUUUCUACUGCAAAAUGCCUUUGACAGAGCAAAGGGAAGGUUUGAGCAGUUAGUCUGGCUUGCUAUUUCUCAGACUUACUCUCUUGAAAAGCUACAAGGUGCUUUGGCCUCCAAAAUUGGUGUGAAUGAAGUCCUUACGGGAAGGAUAGAUGAGGUGCACGCAGCACAGUUGAUUCACGAACGCUUAACAAGCAUAACGGGUAGGUUUCUCAUUGUGCUGGAUGAUGUUUGGAGGGCAACUGGGCAAGAUAAUUUGAUAUCUGCACUUGGCCUUCCAACCGGGGAUGAUACCCACUGCAAAAUUGUUGUCACCACAAGGAGCAAACAUGUGUGCAGAAACAUGAAUGCUCAUGUUUAUGAGCUGCACCCUUUGUCAGAAGAAGAAAGCUGGGACCUGUUUUGUGCUUUUGCAAUGCCGAAUUGGAUAUGGGGCUUCUCAAAUCUGAUGCAAUUGGAGUUACGGGAUUGUCAUUGUGCUGAAUAUCCAGCACUACAAAUGAUGCCCAACUUAAUAAAGUUGGAGAUAUGGACAAAUGAUAUAUGCAAGGCAUUGCCAAAAGGGUUCGGGAAGUGCGGGGGAUUCCGUCAAUUAUGUUAUUUUAGAAUUGUGUCUUUUUUAUUGUUAGAAGAGUUUCCAGAAUUAGAGGAUGGAGCAAUGCCACAUCUUCAGGUACUAGAGGUAGAAGAAUGUUCCAAUUUGAACAAAAUUCCACGUGGAUUGGAGCUCCUCAAAUGUUUGAAAAGGUGCGACUUUAAGCAGACAGGAGUGGAUGAUAUGUUGGAGGAGGGUGGGGAAUUAUGGGAAAAAAUAAAAGCUAAUAACCCCAAUGUUAUUAUUAAUAUAGGGUAG